AUGUCUGACGCCAAGCCCUUCCGCAUUGUCAUGGCCGCCGACGAGGCCGGUGUCCCUUACAAGGAUGCCAUCAAGGCCGUUCUGGAGAAGAGCCCCCACGUCGAGUCUGUGCAAGACGUCGGUGUCAAUAGCACCUCUGACAAGACUGCCUACCCGCACCCCGCCGUGGAGGGUGCCAAGCUCAUCGCCGAAGGCAAGGCGGACCGCGGUCUCUUCAUCUGCGGCACUGGGCUUGGUGUUGCCAUCUCCGCCAACAAGGUCCCUGGCAUCCGCGCCGUCACUGCCCACGACCCCUUCUCCGUCGAACGCUCCAUCCUGAGCAACAACGCCCAGGUCCUCUGCUUCGGCCAGCGUGUGAUCGGUGUCGAGCUCGCCAAGAAGCUCGCCCUGGACUGGCUCAACUACCGCUGGGACCCGGCCUGUGCCUCUGCUGCUAAGGUCCAGGCCAUCAGCGACUACGAGGCCAAGUUCAGCAAGGCUUAG